AAUUAAUGUCAUAAGUUUUCAAAUACAAUUUCAGUCCUCUCAUUUUUGCCUCUUUCAUCCCAUCUUCUGUUCUAAUUUUCUAACUUUUCAUGAACUUCUGUCCAAAAAGGCAAUACCCACGAGAAAAUUCAAUAAACAGUUGCCACCUAUGCCUUUUUAUUUUAUAUUAAAAAGGACUUCAAAUAUUUGUAUUUAUAUGUUGACUAUAUGUGUAGUUGAAAGUUCAGAGGCUGCUAUUUUCAGACUAACUUGAGCAGUGGUCUACUGGUUUUAGCUUCCUUGGUAAUAUCAUUGUGCGCCCUCUAUUCAUAAACUGUUUUUUAUAUAUAGAGAAGAGUUGUUUACAUGCUAAGGGACAAGGGUGCUAAUUCAUUUGAGAUAAAUCGUUGACUUGAAUUGAAAUAUUAAAUGGGAUCAGUGGAUCAAAAUUUUGUAGCUGUAACAGUACUGGGGUCCAAGAAGAUUGGAUUGGAUAUAAGUUCAAUGGGAGAAGCGCCUAAUUCUCAGCAGCAGAAGCAGAAGAUUGUGACUGGUGAUGGUGGUUAUGUUCUAGAGGAUGUUCCUCAUUUGUCUGAUUACAUUCCUAAUCUUCCUACAUAUCCUAAUCCAGUGCAAGAUAAUCCAUCAUAUUCAGUCGUUAAGCAGUAUUUUGUCGAUGAGGAUGAUACGGUUGCUCAAAAGAUUGUUGUGCACAAGAACAGCCCGAGGGGAAUACAUUUUCGUCGAGCUGGUCCUCGUCAAAAAGUUUAUUUUGAUCCAGAAGAUGUUCAUGCGUGUAUAGUGACAUGUGGAGGCUUAUGUCCUGGUCUCAACACAGUUAUCAGAGAAAUAGUAUGCGGCCUAUAUUAUAUGUAUGGCGUAAAGAGGGUCAUGGGGAUAGAUGGAGGAUAUCGAGGUUUCUAUUCCAAAAACAUAAUUCCCUUGACACCAAAGGUUGUGAAUGAUAUUCAUAAACGUGGUGGAACCAUACUUGGGACAUCUCGAGGAGGUCAUGUUACCAAGAAAAUAGUAGAUAGCAUUCAGGACCGGGAUAUCAAUCAGGUUUAUAUAAUUGGAGGAGAUGGAACACAGAGAGGAGCAGCGGUGAUAUUUGAGGAAAUCAGACGGCGUGGUCUCAAUGUUUCAGUUGCUGGAAUCCCUAAGACAAUUGAUAAUGAUAUACCGGUUAUUGACAAGUCUUUCGGUUUUGAUUCUGCCGUUGAGGAAGCCCAACGUGCUAUUAGUGCUGCUCAUGUUGAAGCUACUAGUUUUGAGAACGGAAUUGGCCUUGUGAAGUUAAUGGGACGGGAUAGUGGGUUCAUUGCCAUGUAUGCUACUCUUGCCAGUCGAGAUGUCGAUUGUUGCUUGAUUCCAGAGUCCCCUUUCUAUCUUGAGGGACGCGGUGGACUGUUUGAGUACAUAGAGCACAGACUCAAAGAAAAUGGACACAUGGUUAUAGUCAUAGCUGAAGGUGCCGGCCAAGAGCUAGUUUCUGAGAGUUUGAGAUGCACCGGCAAGCAGGAUCCUUCAGGGAAUAAGCUUUUACAAGAUGUUGGCCUAUGGAUCUCGGAAAGGAUAAAGGAACAUUUCUCUAAACAAAAGAAGAUGCUCAUUAAUCUUAAAUAUAUAGAUCCCACAUACAUGAUUCGGGCUAUUCCAAGUAAUGCAUCUGACAAUGUGUAUUGCACUCUUCUUGCUCAAAGUGCUGUGCACGGAGCAAUGGCUGGCUAUACUGGCUUUACAGUCGGUCCUGUCAAUGGCAGACAUGCUUACAUACCCUUUAAUAGAAUCACUGAGACACAAAACAAGGUUGUGAUAACGGACAGGAUGUGGGCGAGACUUCUAUCGUCAACCAAUCAACCUAGCUUCUUGAGAACAAGAGAUAUAAUUAAAGCGCACAAGGAGGAAGAACCACCUACUCAGUUGUCAGACGAUUCAACUACAGACGAUAAUUUGAUGGAGAAACAAGUCCUCUGCUAAGUAACUUUGAACUUCGUAUGGAUCCAUUGUGUACAUUGAGAAAAAAAAAAGGAGUUGAGAUCUCACGAGAGAAAUCCUACAGUUCUGUAAUCUCAAUGUGUCAUGAUUACCAGCUUGGUGAGUUUUACACGAUAUAUAUUUUUGUAAAUGUAAACAAUAUACAAUAAUUAAGAAAAGGGCAUACGUGAUUUUGAUGCGGAAACUGAUACACAAUUCUGUAGCACAAGUUUCAAUCGGACUGUAAAUGUAGAUUGCUAAUGCUAUAACUA